AUGAUUACAACUUCUAGUACCAAAAUUGCAUCUUCAGGUGCUCUGAAAAUUUUCUUUUUUUCCGAAGUCCCACUAAUGAGCCAAUUUUUCAAGUAUGCAACUGUCUAAGUAACCUACGAACUGGCAGACAGACUGUCUAAGUAACCUACGAACAAUGAACAACGGACAUGUUAUUCUCUUUUCGACUCAAAACCAAUAUUAUAUCAUCAAAGAUCAACAAUCGAUUUCAAUCUAUGCUAGGUAGUGUGCUGUCGUAGUUGUCGUAACUCAGAGCGUAACGAGAUGUGCUGCCAAAGCCACUCUGACCUUCUUUGCAAUAUUGACACAGUUGGUCUAAAAGACCUAACUGGAGAAGAUUAAAGGGACGAAGGACCACCCUACCGAGUAUAUGUCGAUUAGUGUAAGUUAAGUUGAAUCGUGAAGUCGCGUCGGUUCUU